CAAUAUUUGAGAGAAUAUUGAAAAAGAAAUACCUGAGUGCUGAAACAUUUCAUCUCCGACAUUGGAUAUCAAUAAUAUGACGUAGAUGUAGAGAUUGAAGUUCAUCCAAGAGAUCCAAAUACAAUGUUACCACUCUGAGAAGAAUCAUACAAAUUCUCAGAUCGCCAGCGAAGUUCUGGCCUCUUGAAGAUCUGCUUGUAGUACUAUAUUCUCCUGGAAAAGGUUGGGUGUUGGUUUAUUGUUUGCCAGAAUUGAAAAUAUUCUCAAAUCGCAUGAGCGCGCUUCUUUUGUAGCUAUUUCCCUACUCUGCGUGUCUGGGGACCUCGUCCAAUUUACAAGCGAAGCUCCUGGUCUCUCCGUUUCGUGUUACGUACAAUUGCCGGCAAAUAUGAGUGACUGUACGGAACUCAACAUUAUUCGAAAGAAACUUGUUGAAGCAUUGGGUGACAAAGCAGCAGC